AUGGAAGAGGUAUAUUAUUUGUACCAGAUCUUCCUUUUGCCUCCCUGUGACAAUGAUGAGGAGGCAACAGCUGUGGAAGAGACGUCAUUUAGAGUGGUUUUGAUGGCAUGGUGUGAAACUACGAUGGUUGCCUUUGUCUUCUCUUCUAGUACUAGACAAUGGCGAGCCAUUCCAUCCCUGGGCUGGGAUACUUUAGUUGCUAACUUGCCACUGAGAGGGUAUUGUCUCUUCGCCGCACGCCAAUACGCGUAUGGCUGUUUCUACUGGAUGUUACAUUUUUGCAAGAAAAUAUUGGUGCUUGACACUCGGAAGAUGGAGUUCUACAUUGCUAACCCCCCACCUGCAAUAUCUUUUUCUUUUCUGGAUAUAGCCAUUGUGGAGGCAGGGGAAGGUAGAGUUGGGAUGUUUGUGCCAGGAAUAGGCAGAAAUGGACUUGAAUUCUAUACAAUGUGGAGAAACAAUGGUGGGACUUACAUGCAGUGGAAGUUGGAGAAGACGAUCUCAGUUCAUUUUUUGCACUACUCUGCGGGUUCAAAUGGGAAACACUUGUUCAUAUAUGAUGUGGAAAGCCCGUCGGUUAGCUAUGGUUGUUUCUCACUAGACAUCAAGACAUUCCAGCUUAAAAGGGUGUGUUCUUCAAAGACAUGGAUCCCUAAUCCGCUUGCAUAUAGCAACUUUCCACCAUCAAUUUUGGCAUCACCAACAAUAGCAAGUGGUAAGCUUUCUUAG